UAUCAUGGCGGAAAAAAAAUGAAAAGUGGUUGAAAUUGAUUUCGCUGUUGUUUGAAAAUGGUGAAUGUUCGUUUCCGCGGCGUUGAGUUAGAGGAGUCUGCUAAGUCUGAGGAAGCAAGAAGACGUAAUCCAACCGCAGAAGCUGAAAGAGAGUUUCUUAAUUCCGUAGGCGAAGCGUAUUUACCUGAGGCUGCUGGAAUAGAGAAUUGGCAACGUUUAGCAGGUUUCAGCAUCGGUAUUACAAGUUUGCUGAUUGAGGACUUUCUGACACAUCCAUUUAUCGUUGUAAGAAGGCAAUGCAUGGUAAAUAGCUCAGCUGUCCUGUACCAUCUUGCCCCAUUUUCUGUCUGCCGUGUCAUGCUAAAGAUCAGAAGAAAACAGGGUCUGAGUACUUUUUGGAAAGGCCAAGGCAGUAAGCUUGCUGUAAGAGGAAUGAAUCUUCUGGCAGAACUAUUGAUCAGUGAAGUUACACAUGAGAGACUACCAAGGGACAUCAGUAGCCCAUCAUCAACUAUAACUCAACUAGUUGGACAUAUCAUUGGCAAAAGUAUCAGCAUCGUCUUGACUUUACCAUUUUACAGUGCAAGUAUCACUGAGACAGUCGAGACCGAACAGAUUAAGAAGCAGCGUAGUCCCUUCGCCUUCAUUAAAGAGGGAAUCUUCCGUCUUAUUGGCUGGCAAAGCUCGACCCAGGGUCACGGUCGUCUUCUGCCGCUCUGGGCCUUAGUGGCACCCACAAUGCUUCAUGGUCUUGUACAUUACGUCAUCGCCAGCUGCUUACAACACAUCAUCCUCGCUCGACACAAAAAAGUCGGAGUAUUUCGUGGGGAAUCGGAGAACCCCGAACAAAGUAGGCCGAUGGUCGAAGCGUAUUUCCCAGAACUCAUGGCGAGCUUAACCGGGACCGUCCUCACUGAGAUCCUUCUGUAUCCCCUCGAGACCGUCAUGUACCGUCUUCACCUGCAAGGUACACGAACGAUGAUAGACGACACGGACAAUGGAUUUGCAGUUGUGUCACUCUGCACUAACUACGACGGACUCUUAGAUUGUUUUUCACGCAUAAAAUCCGAGGAAGGACUUCAAGGAUUUUAUAAAGGUUUCGGGGCGUUGUUAUUGCAAUAUCUUGUGCAAUUGCUUGUCCUGCGCAUUACAAAAGCCAUUUAUACGGUGAUUUCACAAGAUUUCAGAGGGGACAGUGCUAAUGUUGAUAAGUAAACAUACCCCAGCUAGGUUUUGAUGCAUGCGUUACAAUGCUAUGAUAUAUGGUGAAGGGUCAAAUGUAUGAGGGAAGUUUAACAGACAAUAUAUUUGUCCACUUGUUGGGUUCACCUCGUGUUCUGACAAAUAGUUGUAAUGAUAAUAUUUGCCAUAGUUACCAGCUUCAUUGAGAGCUAAGGUACCCUUAAACUUACCACCUUACAUGGUUUGAACCCACGGAAAGCAUGCUGAAUACGCAUUAGAGAGUCGUAUGCUUUCUCGUGUCACAAUUCCUAAGGAAUCGAAGGCUGUGUAUGUGUUUAAUGAAACUAUUAAAUUAAUGUAUGUAUUGUUGACGA